CCCUAACAAAGGUCCUUCCUCUACGAGUGCGUGAGGCGGUGGAAGUUAAGCGACCACAACACGGGCGGCGAGUUCUUUUGAUUCGUGUGAUUUUCCAUGAGUUGUUUAUCCCACGUCGAGCAGCAUCCCAGGACACAGGUUGACAGAAUGGCCGACAAGAUGGUGGUGAUGGUGGUAGUUGCAGCAGCAGCAGAGCAGGACACUUGCUGGGAUGUUGUAUCCAUUGGCAGAACUGACCUUGUGUCCCACAGAUUUUCUAUGCCUUGUUAUGAAAGAGAAACUUGUCCAGUGAAACCUGUGGUUGUGAGGGGCACCACUGACCAGCCCAAUGGGUGUGUGAAGCGUGAUGUAAGUGAUAUUAAUAGAUGUGAUGUGGACACUUGCACCAGCACGUGUUCCUGUGGCCAUGAAUGCCUUAUGAAUGGUAUGGUAGGCUGUAAGAAAACUGGGGAAUCAAAAAUGAAGGCUGUUCACAUACAGACACAGGGACUGUUCUUUGCAGCUUUCCUAAGAGAGCUACAAAAAUCCCUUGUGUACAGAGUGUCAGUAGUGGAGCAGUGGACUUGUGUGUGGAGGAAAAGAUAUGAGAAAACCAGCAGUAAUGAUAACAGAGCAGGUGCAGUCAUCCAAGUCAAACUACACAACAGUCUGCCCCACGUGCUGGACUAUGCCUGGGGGGAGAGGAUGUGCCAGUGCGUGGUGGAGCGGCAGCAGCUGGACAUCAUGAUGUCGUGGCUCUCGACGCUAGGUGGGGCAUGUUCAGCCCUUGGGGACCACCUGGUAGACUUUGCAGAGCGAGCCGGGGCCAUCUCUGUCAAGCAGCUGGAGAUUGCAUUGCGCCUUGGGGACCCAAACAUGGCGUCCCGGUGCAGGCUGUACGCAGCUAUCUCACUCAUUCAGAAGUAUCGGUUCAAGCUUGCAGCGAGAAUCAUCAAGCAGGAGUACCUGUGGGCACUCAGUGUCCUGCCUGAGGCGAGGGACAUCCGUCUGGUCAAGAUGUGUCAGGGCAUCUGGACCAAACUGAGGCAUGAGAAAAAGAUAUACUGCCAGAAACACAACUUUCUUUCCACCAGGACCAUCUAGCUGCCACACUGCCUCACCUGCCAUGUCUCUACGCUUGCUGACUCACUGACUCUCUUGAGGUGUAAAUAAUAAGCUUUGAAGAUGAAGAGCUUGCUGGAUGGGUGAAAUGAGUGAAGAUGAUGGCAUAUAAGAGUUUGAUGCCUGAAACACAUGAGGAAAAACUUACGUAGAGUGGCUGAAUUAUAUAUUAACCACACUUUUACUUCUUUACUGCCAGUAGGCAUGCUAACCUAUCUUUAUUGGUCUUACACAUGGAAAGUUGUGAAUGCAAAGAUGAAGGCCUCUACACCUCAUUGCAGAAGAUGGCAAACACUGAUGCCACAGAAUGUAGCUGCCAAGCAUUCCGUUCCUACCACUACACAUGCAUGAGAAACACAGUAAAUAAUAACACAAAAAUGUUAAAAUGCUCCUUUUUGAUUAAAUAAACCACAGAAAAUACAAGGGCUCCAUCUCAAUAUUGUUGCUUUAAGGAAUGACCUAAGAGGACAAAGUCAAAGGGAAAUGAGUGUUCCUUAAUAAAAAUGCAUGCCAUACUCCUGCAAGUGUGGCCAAUCGGCUGGUGGUGCCAGUCAUUCCUGAUCCUUGGUAAAUGUCUGUUCCCUUCUCUUCCACCUUUAUCCUUCCUAUUUCUCAGCAACUGUUACCCAUUUAAAGCUGAGUGAACCUGAGAGUAGGUAGUCAGAACAAUCUCAACUGUAAGACGAGACUGACUUCCUGUGUUGUAGUUAGAUGCACUGCUGCCUGAGCCACACUACUCCCAGUAAUAGGAAACUCAAAAGGUUACACAUUUAUGUCUACCCCAGACUCCCUUAUUGUGUAUUUACUCUGCUGUUCUGUGGUUCAAUUGUUCAACAGUGAAGUUCCUUAUGCUGCUCCUACAAGGAGUUUUUGAGCAUCAUAGGACUGUGGAGUUAUAUGUGGAAAAGGUAUCAAAUGCUGGGUAAUGUUACUCUUGUAUUUGUAACUUUUUUAAAUAUUUCCAUUUGAAAAUUGUCCUUUUAGGUUUGUAAAUUAUUUUAAAGUUUAACAGUAUUCUGUUUUUAAGCAAGAUGCAUAAACAGAAAGUAACAAUAACAUUCACUUUCAUGUAACAUAUGAUUCAGGACAUCCCAGCUGAGUGCCAGCCUGCAGGUGUGGCAGCGCUCAGGGGCUGAUGCACCACCAGGCCACAAGUCACCAUGCCAUUCUCCAGCACAUGCUCUGAAAUGCUCAACUCAACAUGCUGUCAGUCAGUGAAGUCAGAUGUUGGCAAGGACAUAUCAAACAACAAUUCAUAGAUAUAUAGUAUAUAUACAUGAUUAAUGUAGAUGAUUUAAUAGGUACACAGUACCUUGGAUCAUAAAUAUGGCAUGUAAUUAUAUACAUCAAAUGUUUGCAUGCAUAUUGUUAUAAUUACAAUUGGUGCUGUUACAUAAAUUGGCAUAAUUAGUGUUAUUACUAAGGAAGUAUUGACAAUUUAAAUACAUACAGGGUAAAAUACAUUUAAUAAAAUGUUUCUAGGUAAAAAAUUAAAAAGUUGAAACUCGCAAAUAAAACCUGCAUAGUGAAUCACAAUUUAAAAUUUAAGUGUCUGCUCACCAAUCAGAUGCUUUUGAUUCAUACGUGUUGGUGUGUUAUACAAACUAGGUAAAGAAAAAAUAUAUUAUAUUUCAAAUAAAAUCAUAAAAGAGCCAAUAUUACAGGGCUCUCCUA